CCGCACUUCUUCUCGAAAACAACAACAACAACAACAAAAACCACAACCAUAAUGAAAACCACAACCACCAUCCUCGCUGCGAGCCUAGCGCUCAGCGCCUCGGCCGCGCCCAUAACCCAAGACAUCCAAGCCGGCAGCACCCUAACCCUCAACAUCAACCUGGCAGGCGCGCAAGCAGGCCUAGUCAACGAAGCCGCCCUCGCGGCCCCAGCAAACCAACUCUUCACCUUCAGCAUGAUGCAAAACGUGGUGGCGGUCCCAGAGGAAGUCGUCAACGGGACCGAACCAACAGGCGGCAUCGCAGGGGCAUCAGGGACGUUCAACUUCGGGCUCAACGCGGCCAUGGACAUGAUCUGCUACAACAUCACGUUGGUGGGGUUCCAGGGCGAGUUCGACUCGCCCGCGACGACGGCGACGCAUAUCCACGAAGCGGCCAAAGGCGCGUCGGGGCCUCCUCGCAUCGCGUUCCCGAACCCGGAGCCCGUGAAUGGGGAUGUUGCGCACAGGAACAGUGCGGGGUGUUUGAAGGGCCCGUUUACGACUGGUGUCAUGAUGGAGGGGAAGGAUACGGGCGAGGGGUUCACUGUGGCUAUGAUUGAGGCGAAUCCUAGUGCGUUUAUGGCUGAUACGCAUAGUAGUGUUGCGUUGCCUGGAGCUGUGAGGGGCCAGCUUGCGUAA